AGAACUUAUUGUUACAUUUUUUAAGUCCUCCUAAGAAGAAAUGGCAUAUCCCAAGUCCAUUUUGGCUCUCUUCCUUCUCUUCCACCUCGUCUCUUGCUCGAACUCGCGGCCGGCCGGCAAGGGAAUCAAACGCCGGAUCGAGCCCUGUAAAAGGAUGGUGUUCUAUUUCCAUGACAUAAUAUACAAUGGAAAAAAUGCCAAAAACGCAACAUCAAGCAUUGUAGGUGCGCCAGCUUGGGGAAAUAGGACCAUUUUGGCAGGGCAAAGCCAUUUUGGUGACGUGGUUGUGUUUGAUGACCCCAUUACACUUGACAACAAUCUGCACUCAACCCCAGUUGGUAGAGCCCAGGGGUUCUAUAUUUAUGACAAGAAAGACAUUUUCACGGCUUGGCUAGGGUUCUCCUUUGUGUUUAACUCAACGGAGCACAACGGAAGCAUUAACUUUGUCGGGGCUGAUCCUUUGAUGAACAAGACUAGGGAUAUUUCGGUCAUCGGCGGGACCGGUGACUUCUUCAUGGCUAGAGGGAUUGCUACUUUGAUGACUGAUGCCUUUGAAGGGGAAGUCUACUUCAGGCUUCGUGUUGAUAUUAAGCUCUACGAGUGUUGGUGAAAAAUAAUUGUUUUGCUUUUAUUAGGUCUCACUUUUUUUUUUCUCUCAUCAGCACCCCUCAACUUUAGAGUCAUUCUCACUUUAUCCCCUAAAUGUUAAAAACUCUCACUUUAUCUCCUGAAUUUUAAAUCAGUCCUGCUUAACCGCUUUUGUUAAAAUUUUUAUUAAAAACAAACGGAAAAAAAUCACAUAACCCCAAUUAACCCCUUCUCUUUCCGUCUAUUUUCAACGGAAAUUUUAAUAUAAGGAAUUAAGUGGGACUAAUUUAAAGUUCAGAUAGUAAAGUGAGAGCUCUUAAAUUUAAAGGACAAAGUGAGAAUGAACCUAAAAUUGAGGGACACUUGUGAGAAUAAUCUUUUUUUUCCU